GGCGGCGGCGGCGGCGGAGGGAGUUUGGGAGGCGAUCGACGGCAUUGAUCCGCCACCGAGCCCUCUCUGAGCGAGCCCCAGAGCUCGACGCGCAAGCACGGUACGCAAAAAAGGGCAUCGGAUCAUCAGCGCGAGCCUGUCGGUCCGUUUUGGGCGAUAAAAAUCUCGUCUUGUAUACCGCCCCUCGUGAAAUCAUUGGUCCUCUUUGUCUAGAAAGGUGAUUCUGGUGCGAUGUUUGUGUAGUUUGAUAACCAAGAUACGAUCUUGGUCAUGAAGGAAGAUACGGCGUUGAGAGGAAUUCUCUCUUAUGCUUGGAGACAAAGUUUUUUCUGGAUAAUCCGAUAACCCGAUCCGAUGACCUUGCUUGAUUCGGAUCAGGAUUCGGGUCGGGUCGCACAAAGACAUAUGCCUUUGAUAUCCGGAUCGGCGACACCCAUAAACUGCGGCCUUCUUGCGAAGCAACGAACGACGUCCGCAUUCGUCGCAUAAAGGCUCCACUUUGGUCGCCCCCCUUCGUUCUUCGACGGAUGAUCUUCAAGCUCUCGCACGGCGGUAUAUAUUCCCCGGGAUUACUGUUGAGAAUUUGCAAUUAGGGUUUUCUGCGCAAGGGGAAAAUUCUCGAUCCUCCGAUUUAUCGGCUUGGCGAUUAACCCCUUGAUCGAUUGAUCGAAAUUCGGAUCCAAUGGAUUUGGAAACGGAAAACAGAAUUGCUGCAAUCCUUAUGAAAGAAGCGGCGGAGUUACGUAGACAAGCUGAGAAAGAAGGCGCACUUGCCUAUCUUUGCAAGCCCUCUGUUAGGGCACGGCCCAAUUCGAGGUUUCUCACCGCAACUGUUCUUGGGGUGCAACAAGCCAAUAAAGCUGUGGAAGUAGACGAAAUGUGGCGUCUGCGUCAGAAGGAGCUGGAGCUUGAUAAUCGGAUCAAAGGAAGAUCAAGAGAUGAGAGCAGCAGUAGGAGGCACCAUAAGGAUGCCAGUUCUUCAAGGAGCAGCAGCAGCGAUAGGCAUGAUAUAGAUGAUCACAGUGUUGAACCUUCAUGUUCUCAAAGUAGAAGUGCACAUGAAAGUCGCCAUAAAAGAGGGGAUGAAGGUUUGGGGGAUGAAGAGAUUGAAGAGUUUCUACUCUCAAGAGUCAAGCGCGGCAGAGGUGCCAUAGGGUCAAGGAUGGAUGAAACAGGUCCCUACCUUCCAUCAUGCCCAGGUUCCGAGGAGUUGCCUCCAAGUCCUGAGCGUAGGGAAGCACGUGUUAAGUAUGGGCCAGAAAAACCAUAUUCACUUAAGGCUUCUGGAUCACCCGAAAAGGACGGUCAUAAAGACAGGCAUAAGAAGGCAAAGAAGGUCCACUCUCACUCAAGCAGAAAACACUCCAGUAAGCACAGAUCUGAAGGGAAGUCUAGGAAAAAGAAGAAAGAGAAGAAAAAACAUAGAAAGUAGUUUGGAGCUGUAGUAGUUCAUGUGAUUACUUAUUUGGCACUAGCAAAUUCAUGGGAUUUCAGGUACUAUUUUUGGUAUGGGAUGUGGAUUAAAUCACAGUAAUGAGAGUAUCUAUCGGAACACAUUGCAACAGUGUGCACCAAGAUGGUGUGAAGGGUGCUUGUUUGCUGUCCUUCAAGUUCUUUUCAGAUGUUAUCUUUUGAUCAGAUUUCAACCUCGAAAUCUUGUUGAGCUGGGUGACGUAUUCUGCACUAGUUGGCUAGCUUUUAUGAGUCGUCCAAAAGUGUUAAAUCUUCACUAAGAGUGCUGAAAGAGAAGACCUUUCAUUUGCUGCUCUCUGCUUCACUCAUAAUCAAAAGAGAUUUGUUCCUUUUC